GGGGCGCGGCGAGUCGGGGUUGCAGUCGCUUUAGUUCCUUCCGGCCUGGGUUUAGGUGUUGCCUGCUGCCAUGAGUUUUCUCAAAAGUGUUCCGCCGCCUGGCCGGUCUGAGGGGCUUCGUCAGCAGUUGCCAGAUACCGAAGCUGUGCUAGACGGGAAGGGCCUCGGCACCGGCACCCUUUACAUCGCUGAGAGCCGCCUGUCUUGGUUAGAUGGCUCUGGAUUAGGAUUCUCUCUGGAAUACCCCACCAUUAGUUUACAUGCUGUGUCCAGGGACCUAAGUGCUUAUCCGCGAGAGCAUUUGUAUGUUAUGGUGAAUGCCAAAUUUGGAGAAGAAGAAUCAAAAGAAUCUGUUGCUGAUGAAGAAGAGGAAGACAGUGAUGAUGAUGAUGAACCUAUUGCUGAGUUUAGAUUUGUGCCUAGUGAUAAAUCAGCAUUGGAAGCAAUGUUCACUGCAAUGUGUGAAUGCCAGGCUUUACAUCCAGAUCCUGAGGAUGAAGAUUCAGAUGAUUAUGAUGGAGAAGAGUAUGAUGUGGAAGCACAUGAACAAGGGCAGGGGGACAUCCCUACAUUUUACACCUAUGAAGAAGGACUAUCACAUUUAACAGCAGAAGGCCAAGCCACAUUAGAGAGAUUAGAAGGAAUGCUUUCUCAGUCUGUGAGCAGCCAGUAUAACAUGGCUGGGGUCCGGACAGAAGACUCAAUAAGAGAUUAUGAAGAUGGUAUGGAGGUAGAUACUACACCAACCGUUGCUGGACAAUUUGAGGAUGCAGAUGUUGAUCACUGAAAAUGACUUAUGCUGCUUUAAGAUUUGGACCAUUAUUGUAGAAGAGAACUUGGUUCUUCUUAUACAGUGGAGUGGGGAUUGAUGAAAAUCUUUUUCCUUCUCCAAAAUUCACCUGAAUCAGUUCUUUCUUGGGACAGACUAUACUGAGACAGCAAGUUGUCACCAGCAGAAGAAACUUGUGACCUUUAUUAACAAAGGUGAAUUAACUUAAUCAAGAGGGUAUUUGUAGUUUAUCAUUGAGUCUAAAACUUUCAGUGUCUGUGUAUUCUCUGAGCAGGCCUAUAAUUCCUGCCUUCACUGUAUGGUUCUUUUGUAAGCUAGCGGGCCUACAUGGUGAAAAUACCCAGCAACUUGGAGGUAGAGGUAGACUAGGUGUGGAAGACAGAGGCUGAAUUUAUCCUUUGGGGAUCUAAAAAGAGAGACAAAAAAAGAGAAAGGUACCUCAGAGGAUUCCUAGCCUCUCUGUUUAUUCUCUACAGGGAUGGGGGUCUUUUACUAAUUUGGGGCCCAGGGUUAAUUAAUUCAGUCAUCUCUAGGUAGUCUUCAGAAACAUCCCAGCCACACAUACUUCCACUAAAACACACAAGUGUUGUCAUUCUGACUAGUUUUUGUUUUUUUCACCAUGUUUAGCUCACAAAAUUCUCGUCUUUUCUGUUAUAAUCUCUUAGGUUAUAUCCUUCAAUUUCCAACCCCUUAGGUGAUUUUGUGUAACAGAACAAGUGAAACAAGUUAAAGUACUCAAAGUACUUCAAAGAAGAAUUGUUUUGUGUUUGUAAUAGCCUAACAAAUAAAUCUGAGUUUUCUAUA